GACUGCGGGAAGGAGUUCACCCACACCGGGAAUUUCAAGCGGCACAUCCGCAUCCACACCGGGGAGAAGCCCUUCUCCUGCAGGGAGUGCAGCAAGGCCUUCUCCGACCCCGCCGCCUGCAAGGCCCACGAGAAGACACACAGCUCCCUGAAGCCCUCCGGCUGCGACUUCAGCGUGCUGACCCUCCACAAGAAGAGGCACACGGGGGAGGCCAAGUACCGCUGCGAGGACUGCGGCAAGCUCUUCACCACCUCGGGCAACCUCAAGCGGCACCAGCUGGUGCACAGCGGGGAGAAGCCCUACCAGUGUGACUACUGCGGGCGCUCCUUCUCAGACCCCACCUCCAAAAUGAGGCACCUGGAGACCCACGACACCGACAAGGAGCACAAGUGUCCCCACUGCGACAAGAAGUUCAACCAGGUGGGGAAUUUGAAGGCUCAUUUGAAGAUCCACAUCGCCGACGGGCCCCUGAAGUGUCGGGAGUGUGGCAAGCAGUUCACCACUUCAGGGAACCUCAAACGGCACAAAACCUUUCUCUGUGCCCCCGGCCAGGGGCAGUUCGCCGCCCGGGGGGCUCUGCAGCGCCACGUCCGCAUCCACACCGGAGAGAAGCCCUGCCAGUGUUUGAUCUGUGGGAAAGCUUUCACCCAAGCCAGCUCCCUCAUCGCCCACGUGCGGCAGCACACGGGGGAGAAGCCCUACGUCUGCGAGCGCUGCGGGAAGAGGUGGAUUUUUGGGGUGAAUUCACCCUGA